AUGGUCGGUUUGGCUUCCGUCAAGCGGGCCAUGCGCGAGUUCUACGCCACCGUCGAGUUUGCCAAAGUUCGCAAGCGUGCUGGGCUGAAAGCCUUGAGCAGUCAGAGUUUCCACAUGCGUUUCCUCGGUAACCCGGGCACUGGCAAAACCGUCGUGGCCCGCAUCGUUGGAAAGCUGCUGAUUGCUCUUGGGGCCAUCUCGCACCCGAACAACCGAUGGGAUACGGAGCCUGUGUUCAACGAAGUCGCCCGGAGCGACCUGGUCGCCCAGUACGUUGGGCAGACGGCUCCAAAGGUUCAGAAGGAGGUGAAAAAGAGCCUCGGGGGCGUUUUCUUCCUGGACGAGGCUUAUUCGCUGGUGAACGGGGAGCGCGACCAGUUUGGCCACGAGGCGGUUGACACCCUCAUCAAGGAGAUGGAGGACAAACGUGCAAACUUCGUGGUGAUCUGCGCCGGCUACGAGGAUGAGAUGGAUGCCUUCUUCGACAGCAAUCCUGGGUUCAAGUCCCGGGUGCCUUUCACCUUCUUCUUCGAGGACUACACCUGUCCACAGCUCACGGAGAUUGGACUGCUGUCGCUCAAGCCCAAGGCUCUGACACCCCCGGCAGACUUGGGCACCUACAACGAUGCCAUCACUUUGUCCACGGGAUGUUGCGAGAAGUUGGAAGACUGUCCCCCGGACAAGGCGCGGGGCAACGGCCGCGCCGUACGGAACGUAGUGGAGGCGGCCAUUCGGCAGAUGGCUCGCCGGCUGCAGGGAACCCGGGCGUCCAAGGAGGAGUACAGCAAACUCCAACCGGAAGAUUUCGCUGCCGUCCUCGCCAGCAGCCUCCAGACGCUCUUUGCCGUGCCUUGCGGCCCUCGAGGCGCGCUGGCGAAGAUCAUUUCCCUGUCGGAGCUGGACCCAAAGAAGUUCCAGUUCUUCCUUCAGCUUGAGAAGGAGCUGCAGGGUGGAAAGAAAGAGAUCUCUGCGCGGCUGCAGCGCAUCACGUCGCAGAUUGUCGUGGCCUCCCGCAUCAGUGGCCUGACGCCGGCAACGAGAAAGCAUCUCGAGUCCUGCACCACGAAGCAGCAGGAGGCGCGCCAGGGCAUCAUCCGGCGCCUGGACCUUUAUUGCUCCGUCGACGGUGUCUUAGACAACGCAGCGAAGGAAAUCCGGACGACCUGGGAUAAAUCCGAGAUCGAGCUUUCAUCAUCGGUGCUGAAGGCAACCCAGUACGACAUCAAUGCCUUGGAGGGGAUUCUCCGUGCUCUGAUUCCAAAGGGAGAGCAGUUGGAGGAAGCGGAGGCCGCUAUCGCCCGGUGUACUGCCAAGCUGGAGCAGUUGCAUCAUACAGACUUCCGUAUUCCUUUCGAUCCUUUCAACUCCUGA